UAAAGUGUUACCGUUUCUUGUCCUUUCUUAUAACACGUGUAAUGCGUUUUUAUCUUGGAACUAAAUAUUUAAUUUUAUUUAUGUAAUACAAACAAUCAAUCAAUCAGUCUACUUUUUUUCGUACAAGGGGAUACAUUUAGCUGAAUGUAAACUGUUUAAUUUAAGAGGCAUGCAGAGCAAACUUUCUCUUUACACACGUAUCAAGUUUUUUAAAGCCACUUUUCGUCUGCAUUAAUUAGGCUUUGCUUCCUUCCAGUAGUUUUUAUUUUUGUGUCUCGUUGUGCUGUUUGAGUAAACAUUUGACUUUUCUAUCCAUCCAUCCAUCUAGUUGGUUGAAACAUUUUGUUUCUUUUUUUUCUUGAUGUGAUGCUCCGUUUUAUCCUCGCGAUGUCAGUAUCUGCUCGUUGUUUUUGCAUUCCUGACAAGAUUGGGCUCCUCCUAUUUUUCAUGUUCUGUCUUCCUGGAUAUGGGCUUUGUUAGUCAUACGCCAUUGUUCUGGGAAACAGUCCACUCGUGGAUUUAGCAGAAAGCAUUUUACAGUCAUGCGGAAGAAUUUCGGUGAUUUAACAUACACGGCAAUGUUUGGUAAAAUGGCUUUAACAGAGGGACAUAUUUUGAACGUGUGGAUAUUUUUCAGUGCGUUUCUUCGAUUCGGGAUUAUUACAGAUGGGCAGAUUGUUUAUUCCAUAACGGAGGAGGUAAACCCUGGCACGGCAAUUGGAAAUUUAGCUAAGGAUUUUAACAUGAAUUUACAGGACAUUGAAAGACGUGGAUUUCAAAUCGUUUCGGAAUCCAACCGAAGGUAUUUCGAUUUGAAUUUAAAGACGGGUGUUCUUCACGUUAAGGAGAAAAUAGACCGAGAGGAGCUAUGUGAGCAGAAUGUGAAGUGUUCAGUACCUUUAGAAGCAAUUGUUAACUCGCCUUUGAAUAUAUAUAGAUUUGAGGUAAACGUACUAGAUAUUAAUGAUAAUCCACCAUUAUUUCGUAUAUCAAAGACAACACUAAAUAUUUCAGAAUCAGCUUUUCCAGGGGAGCAGUUCGCACUGCCGAGCGCGUUUGACGCAGAUGUGGGCAGUAAUUCGGUAAAGAGCUACAAACUGAGUCCGAAUGACCACUUUUCUCUCGAUGUUCAGAGCGGAGGAGAUCCGAGUGUGUCUGCUGAAUUAGUGCUGCAGAAAGCUUUAGAUCGAGAAAAACAGCCAUUUGUUCAGCUCACACUCAUCGCUGUAGAUGGAGGAAAACCUCCGAGAUCAGGAACAAUGCAAAUAAUUGUAAAUGUUGAAGAUGUUAACGACAACAUUCCUGUUUUCAGUAAAUCAUUGUAUAAAGCUCUCGUAAAUGAAAACUCGCCACCCGGUACCCCUGUUGUUACAGUUCAGGCCAGUGACCCAGAUGAGGGUGUAAAUGGUCAGAUUGUUUAUGGUUUAAUUAACCAAGAUAAUGAUAAAAAUGUCGAUUCAUUUUCAAUAAAUCCUGAAACUGGCGAGAUUACAGUGAAAGGUGAUGUCGAUUACGAAAGAAAAAAUGCGGUGGAGCUCCGUGUGCAAGCAAAAGAUAAAGGGCAUAAACCUAGAGCCGCUCUUUGUAAAGUGCUACUGGAAAUUGUUGACAUUAACGAUAAUGUUCCAAAAAUUUCUGUAACAUCUUUGGUUAACAGUGUAAAAGAAGAUGCUCCAAUUGACACAAUGGUUGGAAUGAUUACUGUAACUGAUAGUGAUGCUGGUAAAAACGGACAGGUAACUUUGAACAUUCAGGGCUCUGCUCCUUUUAAAGUUCAGAAGUCGUACAAGAAUUAUUAUACUUUAGUUGUUAACGGACCUCUAGACAGAGAGCACGCGUCUGAGUAUAACGUGACUAUCACAGCUACUGAUGAAGGGACUCCGCCUCUCUCUAGCACCAGUGUCAUUACUGUACACGUUUCUGAUGUGAAUGACAACGCGCCGCGCUUUCCAGAGCCCGUCAUUAAUGUUUAUGUGAAAGAGAACAGUCAGACUGGAGCUGUUAUUCAUACAGUAUCUGCUUUUGAUCCUGAUGUAGGUGAUAAUGCUCGGAUAACGUAUUCUUUACUAGAAAGCUCAAAAAGCGGCCCAGUAACAUCCAUGAUCAACAUAAACUCUGAGAGUGGAGAUAUACACAGUUUACAGUCGUUUAACUAUGAAGAGAUAAAAACAUUUUAUUUUAAAGUUCAGGCCACAGACUCUGGUGUUCCUCCGCUCAGCAGUAACGUGACUGUCAAUGUUUUUAUCCUGGAUGAGAAUGACAACAGUCCCGGGAUUCUCGCGCCCUAUUCCGAGCUCGGUUCCGUUAACACGGAGAACAUUCCCUAUUCUGCUGAUGCGGGCUACUUUGUGGCCAAGAUCAGGGCUGUAGAUGCAGAUUCUGGUUACAAUGCGCUGCUGUCUUACCACAUCUCUGAACCCAAAGGAAACAAUCUGUUCCGAGUCGGAACCAGCAGCGGGGAGAUCAGGACUAAGAGGAGAAUGAGUGACAAUGACCUGAAAACUCACCCGCUGGUCAUUUUGGUUUGUGAUAAUGGAGAGCCCUCACUGUCAGCGACUGUGUCUAUUGAUGUUGUGGUUGCUGAAAGCGCAGGUGACGUCAAGACUCCGUUCAGACACGCGCCGAUAAAGGAGGAGAGUUUCUCGGAUUUAAAUCUGUAUUUGCUGAUCGCCAUUGUGUGCGUGUCCGUCAUCUUUUUCCUGAGUCUCAUCAGUUUGAUAGCUGUAAAAUGCCACAGGACAGACAGCAGUUUGGACAGGUACAGCGCCCCGAUGAUCACCACUCACCCUGAUGGGAGCUGGUUUUACUCCAAAUCUGCUCAGCAGUAUGACGUGUGUUUUAGCUCCGACACACUGAAGAGUGACGUAGUGGUUUUCCCUGCGCAAUUUCCGCCUGCAGAUGCAGAACUGAUCAGUAUUAAUGGAGGAGACACUUUUACAAGAACACAAACAUUUCCUAAUAAAGAAAAGGUAAGAUAAUUGUAUUACACGUGACAUGAGGAAAACGAUUUAAUUAGUGCCGGUGCUUCUGAUUAGAAUUUUCGUGUUCUAUAUUGCUAAUUCGGGUGUUUUUUCAUAUCAGGUUUGAGGGAAAUACGAAUCAGUUUUACCUUAUUUCUCCAUAAUUUAAUCUACUCUCAUUGCACGAAGAUUUAAACUGCAGUUUUAUCUUGUUUUGCACCGGUAUACUCUGUCCAUGGUCCUGAAAACGCAUAUGUUCUUAUCUACUGUUCAUUACGGGGGUUCGUAAGUUGAUGAAAAGCCAUUAAUACAUAAAAUUCGAAUUAAAUCAUAAAUAUUAAAGCAAACAAUUUUGAAAUAUAAAAUAUAAGGUUGAAAUGUGUAAAAAUGAGUGUUCAUGAUCGCAGCGCUGUUUUGUUUACAGAGGUUACCAUGAAAACAGUUCUUUUUCCGCUGCUCCAUAAGCACCUGCUGUCGGACUGUAGACUUAAAACUUUUAUGCAGCCUGUCUGCUGUUUUUUUUUUUUUUUUUUCAGACGAAUGUGAAACCUGCAGCAAAUUUUUGUUGAAAGCAAACUAAUGUGGCUUCUAAAAAUUUCCAACACUAUAAUAUAGUAGCCUAUGUAUAAUUGUUUAUGAAGCAGAUAAAUCACUAUAAUAUAUAAUUUCGACUCAUCCUUUUCUUGAAAGAAUACUUAAAGACUGAAAUUUUAGGUUUAUUAUUAUUAUCAGAACUUUAUUUGAACAUUAGAAACAUGUUAGUAGAUAUACUGUAAGUCACCCACCAUAUAUAUAUGUGUGUGUGUGUGUGUGUGUGUGUGUGCGCGCGCGUGUGUGUGUAUUAUUACUUGUUGAAAAUCAGGUUCUCAAUUUAAUCCCUGUGUGUGUAUGAAUACGUCUUGAUCAAUUCCAGCACAUUUUAACAGUACAGUGGUCAAACUGAUAACUGAUAAUUUUUGGUUACUAUAUUUUAAUGGCAUUUAAUAUCUUUAUUAACAGUAACUAUGUAAACUAAUUCUGAUAAUAACUUUAAGACUUUUAAGAAGAAACAUAUAUAUAUAUAUAUAUAAGA